GGCUGGUGCGCGUGUGUCUCUCUCUCUCUGUCGUUUCGAUUCCUCUCUCUCUCUCCCUCUCCCUCUCCCUCUCCCUCUCUCACUCAUCACACUCUCUCUGUUCUCAGUUCUCUGUUUUCUCACUUUCUCUCUCUCUGUAAUUUGCAUCUGCAUGCUCCUUCUCUCACUCUGAUUCUGCGAAAUCACCUUCUUCCUCACUCCAUCGGAAUCCAAUCUCAGAUCUCGCCGAUCAGAAUGGUUGAUCCAAGUGGAAAAGGAUCAGAAGGAGAGGAUGCAAACCCUAACGCUGCAUCAUCGGGGAACAGUCCGAGCAGCAGUGAACAGAAGAAAACCUGCGCCGAUUGCGGCACUACCAAGACCCCUCUCUGGCGAGGUGGCCCCGCAGGACCAAAGUCUCUCUGCAACGCGUGUGGGAUCAGAAGCAGGAAGAAGAAGAGAGCGAUAUUGGGAAUAAGCAAGGGGAGCAACGAGGAUGGGAGAAAGGGGAAGAGGAGCAGUAGCAGUGGCGGUGGAAGCAGCAAGGUUGGGGAGAAUUUGAACUUGAAACAGAGGUUGUUGUCUUUGGGGAGAGAAGUGUUGAUGCAGAGAUCGCAUUGGAAGAAGCUUGGAGAAGAAGAGCAAGCUGCGGUCUUGUUGAUGUCACUCUCUUAUGGAUCCGUUUAUGCUUGAAACUCAAAACUCAAACUGAAACAACCCAUUUUUAUUCUAGAAGAUGAAGAAGAAUUAUUAAGAAUUUUAGAUUUUGUUUUAGGUUUUCCCCUAACCUUUUCCAAGUGUAUAUUGUUAGAUUGUGUUUCUCUCUCUGGGAUCAUGGGGUUAUGUGUGUGUGUGUGGUCAAUAGUUGUAAGAAGAAUCAUUCAAGUCCAAUUUUGGUACUAAUAUAGUAGCUCUCCCUGUUUCUC